GCCGCGGCCCCGAGCUCCGGAGUCAGCCGACGCGCCGAGGUCCGCCCCAUUUUGCAGCGCGAGCGGAGUCCGGACCUGGGAAGACUUCUCCGCCGGGCUCCGGCCGCCGCGGCUCUGCGCGUCCUCGCCUGCGCCCGGCCCCGCCUGCCCCGGCCCGGGGUUCUGUGCCGGGACGCUCCCAGCCCCGCGGUCUCGCGCGUCGUGGCUGGGACGCCCUGAGCUCUCGACCCGAUCCAGUGCACUGGGACGGGAAGCUGCUGGCCCACCAUACUGGUCCAUGGUUGCGGGCUUGUGCCCAGCCUUUCUAUAGUGUGUGUCGGAGACCCCAGACCUCCGUCCGAGACCCGGGUUAAGGCAGGUGCCACAGCCCUCCGACCGAGUGCAAAGGAGCCCAGAAGCCCCCCGGCCUCUGGCUCCCGAGACCCGAGACUUCAGCUGCCUUCCGCCCGGUGCCUCGGACUUGGGACCGUGCGAACGCCCAGGAAGCUCCGGCCCGGGUCCAGCACCCCGUGAGGGGUCCCAAGCGGGCUGGGCGGUCGGACUGAGCCGGACCCAGCUGGUGCUGUGAGCCGAGGCUGUCACCUUUCUGCCGCUCCAGGCGAGAGGCUCAGCGCUUGCCCCGAAGAAGGGAACACAGGCCACCCACCACCCCGGCCCCGGCGGCGGGCGAGAGCCGAGAGCUGCAGCUGUCCCAAGGAAGUGACAACACCGCCUCCGUGGACGGGACAUCCUCAGGAGCCCCUCUCACAGCCACUGCUACCUUCUUCCAGGACAGGCCAGGGGUCUCCAUGGGUGCCUGAGGGCCGGGCGCCAGGGCCGCACGCAAGAGCAUGGUGAGACACCAGCCCCUGCAGUACUACGAGCCUCAGCUGUGCCUCUCCUGCCUCACGGGCAUCUAUGGCUGCCGCUGGAAACGCUACCAGAGAUCUCACGAUGACACCACGCCGUGGGAACGCCUCUGGUUCCUGCUCCUCACCUUCACCUUCGGCCUCACGCUCACCUGGCUCUACUUCUGGUGGGAAGUGCACAAUGACUACGAUGAAUUCAACUGGUACCUCUACAACCGCAUGGGCUACUGGAGUGACUGGUCUGUGCCCAUCCUCAUGACCACGGCUGCUGCCUUCACCUACAUCGCGGGCCUCCUGGUCCUAGCACUAUGUCACAUCGCCGUGGGUCAGCAGAUGAACCUGCACUGGCUACACAAGAUGGGGCUGGUGGUCAUCCUGGUGGCCACGGUAGUGGCCAUGUCAGCCGUGGCCCAGCUGUGGGAGGACGAGUGGGAGGUGCUGCUGAUCUCCCUGCAGGGCACGGCACCAUUCCUGCACGUGGGGGCCCUGGCCGCCGUCACCGCGCUUUCCUGGAUCGUGGCAGGACAGUUUGCCCGUGCAGAGCGGUCCUCCUCCCAGAUGGCCAUUCUCUGUAUCUUCUUUGCCAUGGUGUUUGCCUUCUACCUGGCGCCUCUCACCAUCUCCUCUCCCUGCAUCAUGGAGAAAAAGGACCUGGGCCCCAAGCCUGCCCUCAUCGGCCACCGUGGGGCACCUAUGCUGGCCCCAGAGCACACGCUGAUGUCCUUCCGGAAGGCUCUCGAGCAGAAGCUGUAUGGGCUACAGGCUGAUGUCACCAUCAGCCUGGACGGCGUGCCCUUUCUCAUGCAUGACACCACCCUGCGGCGCACCACCAACGUGGAGGAGUUGUUCCCGGAGCUCGCCCGCAGGCCCGCCUCCAUGCUGAACUGGACCAUCCUGCAGAGGCUCAAUGCUGGCCAGUGGUUCCUGAAGACGGAUCCCUUCUGGACGGCCAGCUCCCUGUCACCCUCCGACCACAGGGAGGCUCAGAACCAGUCCAUCUGCAGCUUAGCAGAGCUCCUGGAGCUGGCCAAGGGCAAUGCCACGCUGCUGCUCAAUCUGCGUGACCCGCCACGGGAACACCCCUACCGCGGCAGCUUCCUCAACAUCACGCUGGAGGCCUUGCUGCGCUCUGGCUUCCCCCAGCACCAGGUCAUGUGGCUGCCUAACAGGCAGAGGCCCUUCGUGCGGAAGGUGGCUCCUGGCUUCCAACAGACGUCGGGCUCCAAGGAGGCAGCUGCCAGCCUGCGGAGAGGCCACAUCCAGAGGCUGAAUCUGCGCUACACUCAAGUGUCCCGCCAGGAGCUCAGGGACUAUGCAUCCUGGAACUUGAGCGUGAACCUCUACACAGUCAAUGCACCGUGGCUCUUCUCUUUGCUGUGGUGCGCGGGGGUCCCGUCUGUCACCUCCGACAACUCCCAUGCCCUGUCCCAGGUGCCUUCCCCUCUCUGGAUCAUGCCCCCAGACGAGUACUGUCUCAUGUGGGUCACCGCGGACCUGAUCUCGUUCAGCCUCAUCAUUGGCAUCUUCGUGCUGCAGAAGUGGCGCCUGGGUGGCAUACGGAGCUACAACCCCGAGCAGAUCAUGCUGAGUGCUGCGGUGCUCCGGACCAGCCGGGACGUCAGCAUCAUGAAGGAGAAGCUCAUCUUCUCAGAGAUCAGCGACGGCAUGGAGAUCUCCGAUGAGCUCUCUGUAUGUUCAGACAACAGUUAUGACAUGUAUGCCAACAGCGCUCCCACCCCUAAGGAUAACCGAGGGAGUGGCAGCCGCACCAAGACUCUCACAGACCGGAGUGGGCGUUAGCUGAAGACCUGUCUGUCCCAGCCAGCACCUAACGUGGAGACCAGGGGACCCAAGAGAGCUGGCAGAAGCAUGUCUGGACCUGGAGUGCUCUGUGAGCUGGCUCCACGGCCUCCUCAUUGGCUCCAGCCUCCUGUCAGCCACAGCUCCCCUUGAAGGGGGCUCCCUUCUCACCUGAGGCCCAGCUGGGUCAGAACUCCAGCCUCACAGAGGCCCCUGCGGGCCUGGGGCUCGCUCUGGGAAGUCUGGGGCCCAGGGCCUGGUCCUCCCCUGGAGGCCUUCCCUUGCAUCCUGAUCUGGAAGCUCUGAUGGGUCACUGCUGGGCCGCGUGGCAGCUGAGGAUGUGGAUGUCCACGUGUGUCCAUCCUCCUGUUUAUGCUGAGGCAACCGACUUCUCUGUGUGGCUCCUGCCUUGAGGGCCUGGGCUGGGCCUCUGCCCCCAGCAGCUGUUCUUCACAUCCGUCUCAAAGCACAAGGAGGUCCAGCCCAGGAGGAAAGCCUGCCGUGGUGGACACACUCCUCCCUAACCAGCCUCCUACCACCACGGGCCCUGCCUCAGGAGAGGGACUGAGCCAUGUCCCAGGAGCAGCUGGAGACGGCCAGGAGAACAGGCCUAGGGCUGUUUUGUCCCUUGCUCUAGUGUCCAACCGGCUUCUAGGGCAGGGUGGCAUAGGCCCAAGGGAUCUGCGGACUGGCACAGCCUCAGGUUCCCACAUCAGUGGCCACUCGGCAGUGGCCACCUGGGAAGAGCGUUCUAGGCAUGGCCAAGGAGGCCUACAGUGGAGCAAGCCUGAGAGCCGUGGCCACUAUGAUUAAAGCUGCCAUCCUGACA